UGGAAGUGUGUAGGGGAGCGGGUAGGGUAUGGAUAUAGCCAAACCCAUACCCUAUCCGCUCCGUUGCCGUCCCUAGCUGCAAGCUUCCCACCCGACCGAGACUCCCGAAAACGGGGAAAAAAACAAAGAAAAAUCGGGGAAAACAUCGUAAAAAUCAACUAAAACAAAGAAAGGCGGAAAAAAAAUUGAAAGUGAAUUGCUUCUGGUGGCUGAGAAAUCACUGGAAGCUCCACUCUUUGAUGGAUUCUGAUAAAAGAGAAAAAUUGGCAUAGUUGCCAUUUAUGGUUUAAACUUAAGACGGCCAAAAACAAACAGAUUCUCUUUUGAUUGGAGAAAUCUGAACCUCAUUUGAUCCUCUGGAGGCUUUUUUUCAAUCUAAUUUGGUAGCAGUAUGAUCAAACUUUAUCAGAAAUCCUCAAUAGGAUGGAAAGCAUUGAUAAGAAUGUACAGCUCCAACAGCAAGAACGUCCCAGAGGUCAUUGACCCCACCAAAAGGCUAUGCAAGAUCAUGAUGUCUUGCCCGAGUGUUGGCCUCGAGCAUGCCCUCGAUGAGACCGGCAUUCGCAUCUCACCAGAGCUGGCUGAGGAGGUCAUCAAGCGGUUCGAGAAUGCCGGCAUGCUUGCAUACCGGUUCUUUGAGUGGACCCGCAAGCAGCGGGGCUUCUCUCAUAGUGUCAGGGCCUACCACACCAUGAUUGGCUCCCUCGCCAAGAUCCGACAGUACCAGCUCAUGUGGGACCUUGUUGCCGCCAUGCGCCGUGAAGGCAUUCUGAAUAUUGAGACAUUCUGCGUGAUAAUGAGGAAAUAUGCCCGGGCCAAGAAGUUUGACGAAGCCAUCUACACCUUCAAUGUCAUGGAUAAGUUUGGUGUGAUGCCGAAUUUGGCAGCAUUCAAUAGCCUUCUUAGUGCAUUCUGCAAAUCCAAGAAUGUGAGGAAGGCCCAGGAGAUAUUUGACAAAAUGGAUGACCGGUUUGCACCAGAUAACAAAACUUACAGCAUCUUGCUCGAAGGGUGGGGGAGGGCCCCAAAUUUGCCCAAGAUGCGAGAGGUUUACCAGGACAUGAUCGAUAAGGGCUGCAAGCCAGAUAUCAUCACGUAUGGGAUUAUGGUUGAUGCCCUCUGCAAGGCUGGCCGGGUGGAAGAGGCAGUUAAUGUUGUUAGGGACAUGAGAUGCAAUGGUUGCCCGCCAACAUCAUUUAUUUACAGUGUCUUGGUUCAUACUUAUGGAGUUGAGAGGAGAAUAGAGGAUGCGGUGGAUGCAUUCUUGAAGAUGGAGAAGGAUGGCAUUAAGCCUGACGUGGCAGUGUACAAUGCACUGAUCAGUGCAUUUUGUAGAGUAAAUAGAUUUGAGAAUGCUUUUAAAGUUCUGGGGGAUAUGGAGGAUAAGGGCAUUUCUCCCAAUUCGAGGACCUGCAAUAUUAUUCUGAGCAGCUUGAUUAGUCUUGGGAAGAAUGAUGAGGCAUAUAGGGUUUUCCGCCAGGUGAUUAAGCAUUGUGAGCCUGACUCAGAUACGUAUACAAUGAUGAUAAAAAUGUUCUGUGAGGAUGAUAGGUUGGAGAUGGCUUUGAAAGUGUGGAAAUACAUGGGCUUGAAGCAGUUUGUUCCAAGUAUGCACACCUUUUCUGUGCUUAUCAAUGGGUUGUGCGAGAAGGGCGAAGUGAAUCGGGCUUGUGUCAUGUUAGAAGAAAUGAUUGAAAAGGGUAUCAGACCACCAGGUUCGACAUUCGGAAGGUUAAGGCAAUUACUUUUGAAAGAAGGCAGAGAAGAUGUACUUGCAUUUCUUUUGGAGAAAAUGAAGAUUCUUGUUCAAGAACCUUUGUGUGAUUGAGAGAUGAUAACAUGAUAUUCUAUAAUGAGCUUGUGAAUAUUUUUAUACUUAAGUGCUUGACACUUUACCUGCAAAGGAAUCAGCUUGCAGUGUAUUACACUGGGUCUUGAGCUUCAUGAAAGUAUUAUGAUUUGCAAACACCAAAAGUUGUUUGCUGACUCAUCCAUGGCUCACUUACUGGGUACUGAUUGAUUGGAUGCCUUGCCUCAACAAAAUACCAAAGUCAUUGAGCAGUGCAGAAAGAGGACCGGGUCUCCAUCUACUUCACUACGACCCUUCAAGAAGUGCAGAGAGGAUUCCAAAAGGAGAGAGGAGUGAAGGCCAGAGAGAAAGGUGAAGAUAGAAAGCAAAACAAACGAGACCGAAAGGUGGACUGUUGAGACAUUGUCUUCUGUGGAAGAACAAUAGACCUGCUCUCGAUGAGAUUCAAGGCAUGAUGAACAAAAUAUGUUUCUGUUUUCUUUUAUUUUUUGGCAAGUUGGAUGAAUGAAAGCUACAUGAGAAACUCAUCAACAGUAGUCAUGAAAUUAAGAUUUCACAACCGUUUUUUCUCUUUA